AUGGCAAAAGGUAGCAACUUUUGUUGUGUCUUAGACGCGACCUUUAUAUCUGAUUGUUGCCAGUUUAAAGCCUGCCCAAAGCAUUAUCUUUCUGAUGAAGCUCAAGGGUAUAAGCUAAAACGAAUAAAUCUUCCAAACAAUGUCGAAUCCAAAGAGAUCUUAUGCAAUUUUAUAGUCACAUUAAAGAAGAAAUUAAAGUCCCAAAUUGAUAAUUUAAUUAGCAAAAGCUCAAAAACCGAGGAUUUUGAACAAUAUAAGGAAAAACUAGCUUAA